AUGGCCACUUCUGACUACGAAGCCAAGAAACGCCGCGUGCGCAGCGACUACGGCUAUCACCAAGUCCACCAAACAAGAUGGUUCGACAAUGACAUGUACGCUCAUCUCAACAACACAGUCUACACAGCCCUUUUCGACACCAUCGCCAAUUCUUACCUGAUUGAGGCCUGCGGCAUGAAUCCCUUUAGCGUGAACAACCCCACCCCCAAGAGCCAGCAGGGCCAUCCAUCCAACCUAGCAGUUGGGGCUGAGCAGAUCGGUCUUAUCGUCUCAACACACGCAGACUUCUUUGCUUCUGUUGCAUUUCCCGAUAUUCUAGAGGUUGGACUGCGGGUUGCUAAGUUGGGAUCGUCUAGUGUGACGUGGGAGAUUGGAGUGUUUCGGAAGGGAGAAGAGGAUGUGAAGAUGGUGGGGACUUAUAUUCAUGUUUUUGUAUUGCGGGAGACGAUGCGAGUGGGGAAUGGUGGUAUGGAGGAUAAGGUGCGAAAUGGAUUGCAGAAGUUGCUUAGUAGACCGGAUUCGAAACUGUGA